AUGGCAGUUGGUCUUGCUUGUCAAUCAUACAUGAGCACGCGGCAGUGUUCAGAGCCCUAUCAAGGAGUUAGGAAGAGGUUUCGAGUACGUAACCGUCUCUCGGGGAAACUGAUCAAAAUGGUAUUCGUCUUCCGCAGUCGUCAGGGGAAUAUAUCACAAGGCAUGGGUGACAUGAUCCCUUGUUCUCCUCACCCUGCUCACCACUUUCCCGACAAGGAUCGAAGCAACUUAGAAAUCCGGGGCUACGAGGUCCCGCAUUUCGUCUCCUUGCGUGGCUGGUGCAUACCAGAGGAAUGUAUCGCAGAGCUUAUUAAGGCAUCAUCGGCGUGGGUGUAUGGCCUUGCCAACAAAAUAGGGCAGCAUACACUAAGAAUAUCUCUCAAUGACGAUGUUGGAGCAAACACCCUGAUGGAUCGGGAAAACAAAGUGAUGUCAAUGCAGUACGACGGAGUAACCAGUGGUUGUUCCACUGGAAUCUUCUCCCUCCGGUUUUUCGAAUGUCUGUAUGCCCAGUGA